UGCAAUUACUCCACCUCCAUCGUCCCAAAUCUAUCACAAUGUUCAAAGUUCAAUAUUAAAAUCCUCUUUUCAAUUAACUCCAGCCUUGCCUCUGUCAUUUCGUUAGUAUUUCGGGAAAAAAUGGCCCGUGUGUUAGUAGGAGUGAAACGUGUAAUCGACUAUGCUGUUAAGAUUCGUGUUAAACCCGAUAAAAUGGGGGUAGUGACUGAGGGUGUUAAACAUUCGAUGAAUCCCUUUGAUGAAAUUGCAGUGGAAGAGGCAAUACGAAUGAAAGAAAAAAAGGUAGCUUCAGAGGUGAUUGCUGUAUCUUGUGGUCCAGCGCAAUCUCAAGAGGUCAUUAGAACAGCUCUUGCCAUGGGUGUUGAUAAAGGCAUUCAUGUCGAAGUAUCGGGUGCAGAGUAUGAAACUUUGCAGCCCAUUCACGUUUCAAAGAUACUAGCCAAGAUUGCGCAGAAAGAAAAUAUAGACCUCAUAAUUGUAGGAAAACAAGCAAUUGAUGACGACUCCAAUCAAACUGCCCAAAUGACGGCGGCUGUAUUAGGCUGGCCUCAAGCAACUUUUGCAUCAAAGGUUGAGAAAGGUGAAAAGGAAUUAACUGUAACGAGAGAAAUCGAUGGCGGCUUAGAAACCAUUAAAUGUAAAAUUCCCGCAGUUAUAAGUGCAGAUCUGCGUUUAAAUGAACCUAGGUAUGCUACCUUGCCUAAUAUAAUGAAAGCAAAGAAGAAACCGAUUACAAAGAUGACGCCUAAAGAUUUGGGUGUUGAUAUAUCGCCAAGAAUUAAAAUUGUAAGUGUAGAAGAUCCUCCAACCCGACAAGCCGGUGUUAUUUUACCUGAUGUUGAUUCACUCGUUGCAAAAUUGAAGGAAGGUGGUCAUAUUUCCUGAGAUUUUUUAAUCAUCACGUGUAAUUUUUAUGAAAAUGUCUUGUGCCUUCAAUAAAAUAAAUUCAACACAG